UCGGGAACCCAGCGCCGGGGCCCAGGCGGCUGCGGAGCCGAGCGCAGCAGACUGCGGGACUUCCACAGACCAGUCAGCCAUGAACUCGGGACGCCAGCCCCGGACACCCUUCAGCAUCGCAGACAUCCUAGGCCCGCGACUGGUCCCCCGUGCACCUUCCGUGGCGCAGCUUCCAGAGUCAGGCCCCGGUCCCGCGUCGCCGCUGUGCGCGCUGGAGGAGCUGACUAGUAAAACUUUCCGCGGACUUGACGGGCGCGCCCCGCAGCCCCUCGAAGGCAGGGCCGCCCCGGAUGCACUGGGACCUCGGCUCGCCGGCCGAAAACGGCGCAAGUCACGCACGGCGUUCACCACGCAGCAGGUGCUGGAGUUGGAGCGGCGCUUUGUCUUCCAGAAGUACUUGGCACCGUCAGAACGCGACGGGCUGGCUGCGCGCCUCGGCCUGGCCAACGCGCAGGUCGUCACUUGGUUCCAGAACCGGCGUGCCAAGCUGAAGCGCGACGUGGAGGAGAUGCGCGCCGACGUGGCCUCCCUCCGCGCCUUGUCGCCGGAAGUCCUGUGCUGCCUAGCACUGACGGACGGCGCUCCCGGCCCUGGCGCCGCUGGGCCUGACUCCAGGCCCGACUCCGGGCCCCACCUGUCCGAGGAAGAGAUCCAGGUGGAUGAUUAAAGGCAAAGCCACUGCCUGGCCUGCCCUGGACUCUGGGGCCCGGGACUCCUCACCUUCGCACUCCGCGCCUUGUCCAGGUUCUGGGAUGGAGGGAGGACGUCCACCCGGGUCUCUUCCAGCCCGGUCCAGACGCCCACUUUUCCCAAAUUGUUGAGAAUAAAGUGGAGACUCUGCUGCACAA